AUGUCAUUUGACUUAAGGCGAUUUAUAGAACGACUCGUAACAGUAUAUACAGCACCGAAUGAGUUUCAAGAGGGUCGUUUUUUACUCAUCCUUAAGUCAAACUGUCCAGUAGGGGCAGAAUUAUGGCUACAAUAUAAAAAAAGAGUAGCAACAAAUUCGGCACCAUUUAAAGAAAAAGAAGCAAUAGAACAAUGGGACGAUUCUCCAACUUCUUCCUGUGGUAUGGAUGCUUUUAUUACAUUAUUAAAUGCUACUUCAUAUAAUCAGGUUCUGUUUGAAUGUUUAGCAGAAGUUGUUACACCUUCGAGAGAAUUGGUUAUUAGAUGGAUGGCACCUUACUUGAGAAGAUUUAGUAAAUAUAUCCCCUCACAAAAUAUGUGGUUGUGCGAUCAAAGAAGAAUGGGUCCUGAAUAUAUGAACAGAGAUGUUGGUGAAAUGUAUUUAAGGCAAGGUAUUUGUGAAUGCGUUGACGUUUUAAGACAAUUUAAUGGAAGGGAAGAAGUUAUUAAUGUUGCUUUAGAAGUUUUGGAAGGUGUUCAAAUGCCAAUGUAUUUAAAAGUUAUGUUGAGAGGAAUUUCUGAUGAAGAAUUUCCUUGGUAA